GGUACAGGUGGUCAAGGGGAGGGGCAAGAAAAAAAAAGCCUCAAACUGAAGCUGUGUUCCAGUGAAGGCCAUGGAUUCUUUUUCAUAUACUACCACAAAGAUGAUCUGAUGACAGGACAGGAUUAGACAAGCAUUGCAGCACUCUCUGUCUUAAAGCCAUCCAUGCUUGCUAGAUCAGCAUUUGCCCCAAGCGAACUCGCAUAGAAGGAUGCAUUUUUAAUGUAUUGGAAGACAUUAGAGUCCCAACAUGUCUGAUUGACCACAGAGCUGCUGUUGAAGAGUUUGAAAGCAGAGGAUGAGAUUCUCUUGCUAAAUGGUAAACCUGCAUCUGCCCUCCAAAUGGAUGAUAUGAGGGCUGCAUUUCUAAACCAAGCGUUGACCUUGAGCGUCAGCACCCUGCCCCAGCUGGACCCUCGGGUGCUGUGCUCCCUUCCACCCCGGCGCUCCGAUGGGGAGCAGGGCCCAGCCACAGACAUCUUCUCCCAGAGCCAAGAGGACAUCCUGGAUGAGGUGUCGGGGUUGACGGCAGAGAGCCCAGAUGAGAGUUUGGAGGAAGGUUCUCUGCUGACCCUGCAGAGUCCCGGCGAUUAUCAGGAAGACAAAACCUGUAAGGGGACUGGACAGAAGAGCACGGAGCAGGUGACUGCUUUCUGCCGCAGUCUCCAUGACAUGAAUCCCCUGGAGUGCCCUGUGUUGUACUCCUCAUCGUCGUCCUCGUCGUCCCUUUCCCCGAGCCCUGUGUCAGCUUUUCCACCCACAGCAGGCACUGCCACCCAGAGACAGCUCUCCCACGCAGACAAACUCCGCAAGGUCAUCAGUGAGCUGGUGGAGACGGAGAAGACUUAUGUCAAAGACCUGAGCUGUCUAAUAGAGUGCUACUUGACACCUUUGCAGAAAGAGAGCUUCCUUACACAGGAUGAGCUGGACGUUUUGUUCGGUAACCUCGGGGAGAUGGUGGAGUUCCAGGUGGAGUUUCUCCGGACGCUGGAAGAUGGAAUCAGACUGGUGCCAGAUCUGGACAGACUGGAAAGGGUAGAUCAGUUUAAGAAAGUACUGUUCUCUUUGGGUGGUUCCUUCCUGUAUUAUGCCGAUCGCUUCAAGAUCUACAGCGCCUUCUGUGCCAGCCACACCAAGGUCCCAAAGGUCCUGGCUAAAGCAAAGACUGACCCAGAUUUCAAGGCUUUCCUGGCUGAGAGAAACCCCAGACAACAACAUUCCUCCACUCUGGAGUCUUACCUGAUCAAACCCAUCCAGAGGGUCCUGAAGUACCCGCUGCUGCUAAAGGAGCUCUACUCUCUUACUGACCCCGACAGUGAGGAACACUACCACCUGGAUGUUGCAAUGAAGGCCAUGAACAAAGUUGCAAGUCACAUCAAUGAGAUGCAAAAGCUUCAUGAGGAGUACGGCGCUGUUUUCGACCAGCUCAUCAACGAACAGACGGCAAAUAAAAAAGAGGUGGCUGACCUCUCCAUGGGGGAUCUUUUGCUACACUCGACUGUGGUGUGGCUCAACCCUCCAGGUUCUUUGGUCAAGAGCAAAAAGGAUCCUGAUUUGGCUGCUUUUGUGUUUAAAACAGCGGUUGUAUUUGUGUACAAAGACAGCUCCAAGCACAGGAAAAAAAUCGGUGGAUCUCACCGUGCGUCUGUGAGUGAUGACAAAGAUCCUUUCCGUUUCCGUCACAUGAUUGCAACGGACUCUCUGCAAGUCCGUGCCCUUGCAAACUCUGAGGGUACAGCGGUGUGUGAGAUAGUUCACACAAGAUCUGAAUCUGAAGGACGACCAGAGAGAACCUUCCAGUUGUGCUGCAGUUCUCCAGAUAGUAAGAAGGACUUCCUGAAAGCAGUCCACUCUAUCCUAAGGGAAAAACAGCGGCGACAGCUUCUUAAAACAGAGUCUCUGCCACCCAACCGGCAGUACGUCCCAUUUGGGGGCAAACGUCUGUGUGCCCUCAAAGGGGCGCGGCCCACCAUGAACAGAGCAGCAUCAGCUCCAUCACGAACGCUGACCCGCAGGAAGCUGGUGAGGAACCGCUUCACCAUCGACACCGACCUGGUUUUCCACGGCAACAACAACAACCGCAAUGAUUUAGACGCCUCCCACCACUCUUCAUCCCCUUCCUCCUCGUCACUGUCCAAGCAUGCCCUUCCUCGAUCCCACAAACCUCAAGGAGAGGACACAGACCGUUGGGUGGAGGAGCAGUUCGACCUGGGUUGCUACGAAGACCAGGGUGAGGGCAUCGACAUGGGGAAGGUGAAGGAGACGGACAUUUUGAGCGACGACGACGAAUACUGCAAGUCUGUCCGAGCCGUGUCAGCAGAACCAGACGACCUGGAGGGGAGGAUGGGGGGUCUUGACCUCCAGGGCAGAGAGAUGAGGAGCCACAACCUGAACGGACGAGUGGAGUCUGGCAGUGAGCUCAUGCUGAGUGGGAUGCAGGAGGAGGAAGUUGAUCGAAUGAAGCAUGGGGAUGAUUCAGGCUCGGUGGACUCUUUUACCUCCUGCGGUGUCUCUCUGUCCCGCUGUGUGACCCCGACUCUAAAGCUUGCCCCCUUAAAGCAGUGUGCUGUGGAGGGGGCCACAAACAAGGACCAUGAGGCCAUCUGGGUGCGGCGGGACGACUUUGCUAACGGGUGCAACAGUAAUGUCUUCUGAUUGGCAAUUAUAGAAAACAAGAUGAAGAAGUGAGACAAAUGCUGGUUUCUGACACUUUUACAUACUGUAGGAGUGCAAGAAAAUAAGGGAGAGAUACAAGCUUUAAAUAUGUAGAAUUUGGAGGUAUUUGUGUAUAGAAGGUAUUAAACCUUAGCCAGUCCUCCCUGUUUCACUACACAACCCUCCUCUUCCCACCUCACCUGCAUCUCCCUUGUUCUGACAAUCCUAAAAUAUUAAAACGCCAAGCAAGUAAGGAAAAGUAAAAUAUACUCAGAGAUUCUCAUCCCGAACUGCUUAAACGUCAACCCGAAAGAAUACACGGUCCUCACUGUUUUGGACAUACACCCCGGCAUUACACACACCUGUGGAAUUGUAUGUGAAUGUAAGAACAAGGACAGCACCGCAUGUGCACGCAAGUAAACAAGCAAGUGUGUGUGUGAACACUGUAAGUGCAUAAAUUACACAGGAGCACAGACACAGUGACUCUUGGCAGCUAGUGUACCGUGCACACGUUGUACUGAAGAGACGUCAUCACUGAACUGUGAUCUUCUGGCCAAAAAUGUCUAUUUUUUAACACGGGAAUAUGGGUGUUAUAUUUUUCUGACUCAGAAACUGUGUUUGUAUUUUAACACUCAAGGGCUGUGUGUUACUGAAAUUAUCUUCAGGGGCUUUUGGCUUAAUGACUGCUGUGUAAAAGAUGGUGAGAUCCAACUAGCUUUAUUGUGCUUUUAAUUGUUUUAACUUAAUAUCAGCUGCACAUUGGUGUAUAGUCAGGAGUACAAUACAGUGCCGUUAACCUCUUGUAUGAAAACGCUUUGAAGCUCACUUUUAUCUCCUACCAUAUCCUUUUUAAAAGACAGUCUACCUAUUCUUUAUUUAAUUAUUGCCUUUUUACUGUAUUUUGUAAUGUUUACACCACACUCUGUUGCCCAGUGUUAUUAAGGUGGUUUGUAAUUACAAACCACCUUUGUGUGUUUGGUGCCAGAAACUGUCUCAAGAGAGCCAACACUUUUGCCCUUCACAUGAAUGUCCAGUCUAUAAUUUUGUUGCUCAAAUAUAAUGCCAUUGUUUUUUUGGUAACUGGUAGAUUUAAUCCUUUUUUUGCCCCACAGGCCAUGCUCUCUUCAUGAUCCACAUCCCUGAUAAAUAGCAUAAUAAUUCCAACGUUCCUGUUUUACUUGAAUUUUCUUGGUUGUUUUUGAAAGGUUUUUUCUACAGAGCCAUGCCAGUGACUCUCUCUCUCUCUCUCUCUCUCUCUCUCUCUCUCUCUCUCUCUCUCUCUCUCUCUCUCUCUCUCUCUCUCUCUCCCUCUCCAGCUUCUUUGACUUUUUGUCUUGUCAAGCAGCAUCACAACCACAGAGAAGCUGGCUCAGACAGAAUUCACAUCCAUGACAUUUGACAUCAAUCCCUAUUACAUAUAUUUCCACUUCACCCCUCCUGCAUUUCUUCCCAUAUCCACCAGGCUGUGCUAUUUUACUAUCUGCCAUCACAACAACACGUUGAUUGCUGAGCUCAACACUGUCAUGCGCACCUUAAUGGAUGUAUUGAACAUGCACUUAAUACCCAGCUGCGAGGGGGGAAAUCUGCGAACUGCUCUAAUUCAGAGUGUGAGGGGAGGGAAAUAUCACACUUUGGAUGUUCUUAUUAUUGUCUUUUUAUUAUGAUGCUAGUUUCUUAGAUUUUAGCUUUCUGGGUGAUGAUGCCCAGUAGGGAUGUUCAGACUGUGAGGUACAAUCACCUGGCUUUGGUGGCAAAUCCUGUGAGAACCCCUUGACUCCUCCCUUUGUAAAACUGUGUUCGUACAUAAAACUGUGGAGUAUUAUCAUUUAGUUUAAAAUAAAUUUUCUAAAUUUA